AUGGAUUACCAGAACCGAGCAGGUUCCAAAUUCGGCGGCGGCGGCGUGGCCUCGAAGUCCGCCACCAAUGCUGAUCGACGCGAGCGACUGCGCAAGCUCGCCAUGGAAACAAUGGAUAUUGAGAAAGAUCCCUACAUCUUCCGAAACCAUCUGGGCACAUUCGAGUGCCGACUCUGCCUGACGGUCCACCAGAACGACGGCUCGUACCUUGCCCACACCCAGGGCCGCAAGCACCAAACCAACCUCGCUCGACGUGCCGCACGCGAGGCCCGCGAAGGCAAGAACCAGGACCCAUCGUCUAUGCCUGGUGCCGCGGGCGUGCAGGUCAAGAAACAGCUCAUCAAAAUCGGCCUGCCUGGAUACAGAAUCACCAAGAUCAGGGACCCUCUGACGCGCCAGCUGGGCCUGCUGUUCCAGCUGCAGUUCCAGGAGAUCACCCCGGGUAUUAAGCCCCGUGUGCGCUUCAUGUCGGCCUUUGAGCAGAAGGUUGAGCCCCCCGACAACCGGUACCAGUACUUGAUUGUUGCUGCGGAGCCUUACCAGAAUUGUGCGUUCAAGUUGCAAGCUAAGGAGAUUGAUCGUCGUGAUGAACGCUACUGGACUUGGUUCGAUGAGGACCUCAAGGAGUUCUGGAUUCAGGUUAUGUUUAAGACUGAGCGCGAGGAGAUGUUCAGUGGUGUGCCUGGUUUGGCCCCUACCCAGUCUUGA